UACUACCAAAAGCAAAGAAGGGAAAGAGGAACAAGAAGGCGAAACCUUCGCCACCACCUUCUCAGCCCGCGAGGGUUCACAUUCGACAUUUCUUCGCAAACCAUCCUUGGUUCAGCUACGAUGUCUCGCAACCCGUCAUGGCUCAGUUCCAUACGAUGUGCGGCCAGUUGCAGUGGGGUGACGAGGAGAAGGCAGCUGCUGAGAUGGAACUCAGGGCAGCGGUCGUGAAGACGUUCGACAGGAUAUACGGUACCGACGUUGACGAUCUUAAUGCCUGGAAGAAGCUUCAUAGGACGAUACACGACAAUGUCGUCCCAAGCGACUUGGAAACUUGCCGCGCUGCCGUGAUAACGGCAUACUUCAACAUUUAUGACCUUGUCGACGCUGGUGCAGCCGGGGAACGAGUCAUAUCAUUCGACACUAAGGCCGACCUUCUACAACAUACAAAUUCCACCGCGCAGUGGUUCGACCUCGGCGGGCAACCCCUCAGCAGUCUUCUCUCUUUCCUUCUCGAACACAUCAUCGUGGAAGAGGAUUCAGAGUCAGAUACCAGGCCAGGUGGGCUAUACCUCGAAGACUUCUUCGCCGAAUAUCCCGACUUCGACUUCGACCCUUCUCAGCCCGUCAUGACGGAGUUCUAUCGCAUGUGCGACUUCUUCAAAUGGCGCAAAGAUGACCAGCAGAAAAAUGCAGCUCGCCAAGGUGUUCGAAACGCCAUAGCGCUCACGUUCAAUGAACUUUACGGUACCGACUUGGACGAUCUCAACUCAUGGCAGGGUCUUUGUCGGGCGGUACAUAUUAACUCGAUACCCGACGAUGUGCAGAAGUGUCAGACGCUCAUCGAUGCAACCUUCGUCAACAUCUGUGACCUCGUCGAUGCUCCCCGUACCGGAAUACCAGCGGAAGUCUUCGGGUGCGAAGAAGAUCUUAGCGACUACACCAAGGCCACUGGGAAGUUCUACGAGAGGGAGAAUGCCCACGCUGGGGGGCUGCUUCGUUAUUUGCUACGUCGCAUCAUGAACCCACGGAGGGGUCUCGAAGGACAAGCUAGUUACAUCAAGGCUCAGGGAGGGUCAAAAGGUCGGGGUGGAAAGCGACGACGCUAACCGGAGUUUGAACCUCCACUUUCAUCAAAGGUCUCGUAGGCUACAUAGUUUCCGUCCGAAUCUGAGUAGUAGUCGCUACUACCCAACUCUAGUAUUUGUCAGUUUUCGCUU